AUGUUUGGGUUAGAAUGGAAGUAUAAUAAGUUUAGAAACCGUUUAGACACUGUUAAGAGACAGUAUGAAGUGUACAAACGGGUUAUACCUGAUUCUUCUGGAGUGAAAUUCUAUGAAGAGACAGGAGCAAUUGAGAUGCCCUUUACAUGGUGGGAAAACUUAAUCAAGGAAAAACCAGAAGCAAAAACUUUUCGUAACUAUCCUUCACAUGAUAUUCCGCUGAUCGAAAAUCUAUUCUCUGAAGUGUCAAUUUCAGCUGCUAAAUCUGUUGAAGAUAGUGAGCCUAAUAGCCAACCUGAAGCUCAAAAUCAUUCUGACCAGCCUCAGAGAACCAACAAACGGUCAAGAUCAAAACAAUCCAAAUCAUCUCAGAAAAUGUCCAAGGCAGAUCAAUGGGAUCGAGUAUUGGAUCUUAUUGAAGACCAAGGAAGAUUCUUUAUGGGAGGUAGAGAAAGUUUCUAUACAUAUAGUUCGGCUGCAUGUGUUAAAGAGAUGGAAGAAAUGAUCUUUCUUAAUCAAUUGUGCUGUCAAUAA